AUGUGGCUGGUUUUAAUGGUUGUUUUGUAUACAGAGGGUAUACUAGGCUUAAAUUUAGGUCAUAAUCCAUUGCCGAAUGUAGCUGCAAGCAGAUUACAGGGACACCUAAGUGUAGGACAGACAGCCGAUAGAAAUUAUGUUGAAACCAACGUAGUGAGCGAUAAUGAACUGGGAUUGUUUGAUGUUGGGGAGCCGGAGAGUGAAGAAACAUUGAACACUCGGCCAAAUCUCGAGAUUGUCAAUGAAAACAUACCAGAUACUGAAACAGGAGAGAAAGACAAUGAAAAUCUGGAGGAAUGUGAGAAGAAAACGAAUGAGAUUCUAGAACUCAUUGAAAUCCUAUUGACAGAGCUCGCAGAUAUAAACAGAUCCAGCUUGAAAACGGAUGUCUCUGAGAACGAUAACAUCGAUGUGUAUAUGCAGAUACUCCUGAACUUAGCAGAAGAGCUAAUGGUUGACAUUAAUUCAGGGUUGGAUUAUAUUCAACAAUUAUCAGACUGCGAAGAUGAAGAAGAAUUUCGAUCUAAAAUAGAGAACGGCCGUUUUGAAGUAGUGUUUGGCAAGGUACGGGGUCGUGAUAGGACUGAACCAGUGGAUGAAUUAACGCUUUCUGAUUUAUUAAAUUAUGUUGAAGUGGAAGAUGACGGGGGAAGCGGUGAUGGAUUCGACUGCGACCCUCCAGUUGGGACUGAUAUUCCCGAUGUGGUAACAGCUGAAGUCGAUGCAGGAGUUCACUGGUCAACAACCCUACCUUCAACAGAUAGUGAAGACACGACACAAACAACACCACUUAAUGAAGACACGACAAAAACAUCAACAGAAGACACGACACAAUCAACCCCCAUUAAUGAAGACACGACAAAAACAUCAACAGCUAAUGAAGACACGACAAAAACAUCACCAGUUAAUGAAGACACGACACAAUCAACCCCCGUGCAUGAAGACACGACAAAAACAUCACCAGUUAAUGAAGAGACGACAAAAACAUCCACAGUUAAUGAAGACACGACAAAAACAUCACCAGUAAAUGAAGACACGACACAACCAACCCCCUUUAAUGAAUUCACGACAAAAACGUCAACAGCUAAUGAAGACACGACAAAAACGUCAACAGAAUACACGACACAACCAACCCCCGUUAAUAAAGACACGACACAACCAACUCCCUUUAAAGAAUUCACGACAAAAACAACAACAGAAGACUCGACACAACCAACCCCCUUUAAUGAAGAGACGACAAAAACAUCAACAGCUAAUGACGAGACGACACAACCUACCCCCGUGAAUGAUGACACGACAAAAACAACACCAGUUAAUGAAGACACAACAGAACCAACUUCAAUUGAUGGGGACACACUACAAACUACACCCGUUAAUAGUAUCACAACACAAACAGCUGAUACGGAGACGACAAAACCAUCAAUAAUUGUUGUAGAAACAUCAUACAAUACGCCAGGUGAUGAAGGCACACCAUUAACAACAGCAGGGAAUGAAACCACAGCACAAACAACCUCAUUUACAUUAGGUGAUGAAACUACAACAUUUACAUCACCUACAAUUGGGGACACACCACAACCAACACAAUUUGAUUGGAACACAUCACAACCAACACCAUUUGAUGACGUCACACCACAAGCAACAACAAUUGAUGGGGUUACAUCAGAAUCAACACCUAUUUAUUGGGGAUUACAAAAAAUAACACCAUUUGAUAUGGACCCAUCACAACAAACACCAUUUGAUAGUGGUACAUCACAAACAACAUCAUUUGAAGUUUAUACAUCACAAACAACACCAUUUGAUGAGGACAGAUCACAACCAACGCCGUAUGAUUGGGACACAUUACAAACAACAUCAUUUGAUUUUACCACACCUCAACCAACACCAUUUGUUGAUUACACAACACAAAAAACACCAUUUGAUGAUUACACAACACAACCAACACCAUUUGAUGACGACACAUCACAACCAACACCGUAUGAUUGGGACACAUUACAAACAACAUCAUUUGAUUUUACCACACCUCAACCAACACCAUUUGUUGAUUACACAACACAACCAAAACCAUUUGAUGAUUACACAACACAACCAACACUAUUUGAUUUUGAAACUCCACAAACAACACCGUUUGAUGGUAACUUAACACAACAUCCUCCAAUUAAUGAAACUACAACAUUAAGUUUAUCAACUACAGAGGACACAUCACAACCAACACCGCAUGAUUGGGACACAUUACAAACAACAUCAUUUGAUUUUACCACACCACAACCAACACCAUUUGAUCUUGACACACCGCAACCUACACCAUUUGUUGAAUACACACCACAGCCAACACCAUUUGAUGGUUACGCAACACCACCAACACUAUUUAAUUGGGGCAUACCACAACCAACAUCAUUUAAUGUGUACCCGUCACAAGAAACCCCAUUUGUUACUGAUGAACCAGAAACAACAUCAUUUGAUGUUUACCCACCACAUCUACAAAUAUUUGAUAGGAACACAUCACAAUCAACACUAUUUAAUAAUAACACACAAUCAACAACCCCAUUUAAUGGUAGUACAACACAAGGUACACCAAAAAAUGAAACUACAACAUUGUUUUUAUUAACUACUGAGGACACAUCACAACCUACACCAUAUGAUUUGGACACAUUACAACCAACAUCAUUUGAUGUUUCUACACCACAAACAACACCAUUUAAAGGGGACACAUCACAACCAACACCAUUUGAUUGGGACACAUUACAGCCAACAUCGUUUGAUGUUACCACACCACAACCAACACCAUUUGAUUUCGACACACCACAAACAACACCAUUUGUUGAUUACACAACACAACCAACACCAUUUGAUUUUGACACAUAUCAACCAACACCAUUUGAUUUCGACACACCACAAACAACACCAUUUGACACAUCACAAACGACACCAUUUGAUUGGGACACAUUACAAACAACAUUAUUUGAUGACCACACAACACAUGCAACACCAGAACCAACAUCAUUUGAUGAGGACGUCAAGCCAGAAACCAAAGCACAUGCAGUAACCGACAAUGAUUCGUCAGAAUGUACACACUCAAGAGGCGAAGAAGAUGACAAAAACUCUUCUGAUUCGAGUAAUGAAGAACAUGAAAAAAAUGUAUCUGAUUCAUGUGAUGAAGAUGUUGACCAAAACUCACCAGAUUCAAAAGAUGAAGAAGACGACCGAAAUUCACUAGAUUCAAGUGAUGAAGAAGAUGAAAAUAACUCACCCAGUUCAUGCGAUGAAGAGGUUGACGAAAAAAUACCUGAAUCUAGUGAUGAAGAAGAUGACCAAAACUCAUCUGAUUCAAGUAAUGAAGAAGACACAAUCUCAUCAAAAUCAUGUGAGGAAGAGGUUGACGAAAAAACACCUGAUUCAGGGGAUGAAGAAGAUGACCAAAACUCAACAGAUUCAAGUGUUGAAGAAGAAGACCAAAACUCAACAGGUUCAAGUGAUGAAGAAGAAGACAAUAACUCACCUGAUUCAAGUAAUGAAGAAGACACAAAAUCAUCAAAAUCAUGUGAUGAAGAGGUUGACGAAAAAACACCUGAUUCAGGGGAUGAAGAAGAUGACCAAAACUCAACAGAUUCAAGUGUUGAAGAAGAAGACCAAAACUCAACAGGUUCAAGUGAUGAAGAAGAAGACAAUAACUCACCUGAUUCAAGUAAUGAAGAAGACACAAACUCAUCAAAAUCAUGUGAUGAAGAGGUUGACAAAAAAACACCUGAUUCAGGGGAUGAAGAAGAUGACGAAAACUCAACAGAUUCAAGUGUUGAAGAAGAAGACCAAAACUCAACAGAUUCAAGUGAUGAAGAAGAUGACCAAAACUUAACAGAUUCAAGUGAUGAAAAAGAUGACCAAAACUCAACAGAUUCAAGUGUUGAAAAAGAUGACCAAACCUCAACAGAUUCAAGUGUUGAAGAAGAUGACCAAACCUCAACAGAUUCAAGUGAUGAAGAAGAUGACCAAAACUCAACAGAUUCAAGUGAUGAAGAAGAUGACCAAACCUCAACAGAUUCAAGUGAUGAAGAAGAUGACCAAAACUCACUAGAUUCAAGUGAUGAAGAAGAUGACCAAAACUCAACAGAUUCAAGUGAUGAAGAAGAUGACCAAACCUCAACAGAUUCAAGUGAUGAAGAAGAUGACCAAAACUCACUAGAUUCAAGUGAUGAAGAAGAUGACCAAAACUCAACAGAGUCAAGUGAUGAAGAAGAUGACCAAACCUCAACAGAUUCAAGUGAUGAAGAAGAUGACCAAAACUCAACAGAUUCAAGUGAUGAAGAAGAUGAUCAAGACUCACCUGUUUUGAAUGAUGAUAGAGAAGACCAAAUCUCAACAGAAUCAAGUGAUGAAGAUGACAACUCAUCUGAUUCAUUCAAUGAAAAAGAAAAUAAAAACUCAGUAGAUUCAAGUGACGAAGAAGAAAAUAUCUCACCUGAUUCAAGUUAUGAAGAAGACACACACUCAUCAAAAUCAUGUGAUGAAGAAGACGACCGAAACUCACCUGAUUCAAGUGUUGAAGAAGAUGACCAAAUAGCACCUGAAUUAAGUGAUGAAGAAGAUGACGAAAUAACAUCUUAUUCAAGUGAUGAAGAUUAUUACCAAAAGUCACCUGAUUCAAGUGAUGAAGAAGAUGACCAAAUAGCACCUGAAUCUAGAAAUGAAAAAGAUUACCAAAACUCAACUGAUUCAAAACAUAAAGAAGACAAAAAUUCACCUGAUUCAAUAGAUGAAGAAAAAAACCAAAACUCAACAGCACAAACUACUUCCAAUGAAGACAACUUCAAUGACACCACUGUAAAGCACACAUCUGAUGUAGACAACCAAAGUUACUCGACUGCCAAGAAUAGUGAGAGUGCAAACACGCCUACCACCACGAUUGCCCCACCCUCUACCAUCGAAGACGAACAAAACUCAACUCCUCCGUUCGUGGAAGAUUUAACCACCUAUGUGACAAUGCCAGAAGGAGAGGGCAAGACCAUAGAAUUGUUUACAGAAAUAACAGUUACUCUACAACCUGAUACAACCACGACAACAACAACGGUCGCUGUACCAACAGAUACAACCACGACAACAACAACGGUCGCUGUACCACCUGAUAAAAUCACGACAACAACAACGGUCGCUGUACCACCUGAUACAAUCACGACAACAACAACGGUCGCUGUACCAACAGAUACAACCACGACAACAACAACGGUCGCUGUACCACCUGAUACAAUCACGACAACAACAACGGUCGCUGUACCAACAGAUACAAUCACGACAACAACAACGGUCGCUGUACCACCUGAUACAACCACGACAACAACAACGGUCGCUGUACCAACAGAUACAACCAGGACAACAACAACGGUCGCUGUACCACCUGAUACAACCACGACAACAACAACGGUCGCUGUACCAACAGAUACAACUGACACAGCCACGGUCGCUGUACCACCUGAUACAACUGACAUACAGAAUCCAACACUGACUGUAGCAAACGCAGCAACGACAACCGCGGUUCCUACAAAUACACCAACGCCACCCAAGAACUGCUCAGCCCACUCUACAGCUGACGUCAUAUUUGUCCUGGACUCAUCGCAGACAAUAGGCAGCACCAGCUGGGACGGACUACUGAGAUUUAUCGGGGACGUGGCUGAGUUGUUUCCCUUCGGCCCUGACGCCUUCAGGUUCGGCUUUGUCUCCUACAGCUACAGCUCUGUAAAACUGUUCGACCUCAAGGACUUCAGCAACAGUAAGGAUUUACGCAAGGCGCUGAUGAAGGCCAAGUUCCUGAACCCUCAUACUUUCACAGCAAAGGCCCUGGAUCUAGUGAGAACUAGAGGGAUGUUCGACACUAAAGCUGGAGGCCGAGAAGACGCUAAAGACAUUUUGGUACUCAUCUCUGACGGGCACGCUAGAGACGCUCAGAAAGCACGAAUUUCGGCUUCUCUGCUGAAAUCUCAAGACGUGACUAUAAUCCCCAUCGGUAUUGGUGCCAAGAUCAACAGAGAUGAGCUGAAGGUUCUGGCUAGCGAGGCCAGCGCUGUGUUGCUUGUAGACGACUACAACACACUGGACAGUAUGAAGAAAUACCUCGUCCAGUGGCUGUGUAAUUAUGCAACUGAAGGUUAA